AUGUUCAAACUUAUAGCAUCAACAUUUGCGCUCGACAAUGAGGAAAAACUUGGAACGACGAAAGAAGACACGGCUCUUUCAUCAAAUGUUCCCGAAAUUAAGUCUGCACAUGAGUUGCUUGUUGAAGCAUCAACUGAGCAACCGAUAUUGUCAGUAUCGACGACAGAUGUAACUGAAAAUCCACUGGAUGCUGAGGAUCUAGUCAACAUAACCAGCACAAAGACUACCGAAGUCUCAAGUACAGAUGCUGUAGAAUCAACUGCUGCUGCAGAUGAAUUUAAAGGGUUGGAUAAAAUAUCAACAACUCAAUCAUCCAUAUUAACAAGUGCCGUCACCGAAGGCACCCUACCCGCAGAGAUAACUGCCGCAGACCCAUUUGCAACAUCAUUUACAUCUUCUGCUUCAAGUGUCAUAUCUUCAGUAAAGAACAACAGUGAAACGGUAGUCGAAGCAAUCGGUACAACCACUGAUAUGAGUCAAUCGUCUUCUCAAAUAAUCACCAGCACAAUCUUCGAAAGUGCUCAUUCAACUGAGUCAUCACUUAUUGUCGAUGAAAUGUCAUCAACAACCGCGCAAGCAACAUCAUCGAUCAGCGCAGCAGAAGCUAACAGAUUCAUUAAUGAAGAGCAGGUGGCUUCAAAAACAACUGAGACUGGUCAGCUGGGGUCGUCAUUAUUCACAACGUUGUUAACAUCAGAAACAACACAACAUGGUCGUGAUAUACAUUUGUUGAAGUUCGAUCAGUUGAAAAAUUUCAUUGAAAGCAGUACAAUAGCUGAAGAGGAGGAAUCACUCAAUCAAGAUGGCGAUAUCACUGAUGAUAGCUUCUUCGUUGCUGAUAAAUCGCUUUUUAAUGCCGAAGCGAAUCCUUUCAGUGAACUCACCAUUUCCAGUAGCGUUUCCAGCCAACUACCAUCGUACAUUGAGGAAAAUUCCAACGAUCAAUCAGAGGAGAAGUUAGGAAAGGAAAAUGAGUGGGCAGAAAUCGAUACAAAAAUUGAUCCUCAGAACAAGAAUGAACGACACGAAUCAGCCACCGAAGAACGAAUAGUGAACAGUGACAACGAUGAAGAAGAUCACAAUAACGAUCAAGAAACUACUACUGAACCGACAUCGAAGCCAGUGCAAGAAAUAAAUCACGUUGAAGAGCUGAAUGAAGAAGACGAAGGCUCCGAAGCAACGGUAGAGCCAAACGCUGCAGUUGCACCUCAUCAAGAGCCACCGUCCAUUCCUGAACCUGAGCCUAAACCCGAACCAACAACUGGUCCAUAUAAAACGCCAUAUUCACUCCGCAUAACCAAUAUCGACUAUACGCCAGAAUUUGAAAAUCCAAACAGCGGUAAAUCCAGGAAGUUGCGGGACCAACUUAUUCCUGAAUUGGAAGAGAUAUUUAGUGGAAUGUUUACGAGUAGUUAUCGUGGAGUUAGCAUCGAGACGAUAAGGAAAGGUAGUGUUGUGAUUGACGGUAACGUGUACACAUCGACGAGACCGAGUGAUGACAACCAACUAGCCACUGAAUUCGAACAGAGAAUCAGCGCCAGAGAAGCGCAGAUCGGUGGCAAUGAUGUGGAUGUACGAUCUGUAUCACUUAACGGGUUUGUGUCGAAAAAUUACGUUGAACGUGUUCAUGAAGGCUACACUUCAUCAAGUUCAUCGUCCUAUGUGGUCGGUGGUGGAAUAGCAGUUGGCGUUAUCGCAAUAUUACUUGUUGCAUUCGCCGUUAUUGCAGUAAGUUGCAUUCGACAUUUAAACGUCCAAUUGGUGCGAAUUUUCCAGAUGAAUAACCGACGUUCGAAUGGCACACUGAAAUUAAAAGAAGAAAAUAUUGCGAUGACUGAAAAUGGUCGAGGUCCAUGGAAUAACACAUCCCCAGUGAAUUUGUUCGUUUCGUCCAACUUGUUUGAGUUUCUAUUCAUUAUCUGCAUAAUGUCGAGAAGAAGUGUCCCCUUGAUUCGAAAAAGAAGUGUCCCUUGA